AUGCAAAAGACCACAUUAAUUUUGUCAAAUCUUAACAGAGAAGACUUUCUUUCCAACAAUAAAUCCUACUCAGAAUAUGAAACCACUUCUCAGCCGAAAAGAACAUCGCUCUCCUUUGUUGAUAGAGUGAAACUCAACAUUUUAAAUGUGUCAACUCCACAACCCGACUACUACUUAAAAAAUAUAACACACUGGUCGAACUUGCCCUUUUUAAGUAGGGUUAUUAUUAUUUUGUCAGACGAAGAGGUUGCUGCGAAUCUUUACACCUACUUACAGGACUACUUGAAGGAAAGCACAUAUGUUAAGAUAACGUUACAGGAAAAUUUGUUACAGAGAUCCAAAUCUUUGGACGGCAUGAAAGAAGCUGGGGACGAGCAUGAUGUCAAUUCAUUGGCAGUGUUAACGAAAUUCAAGAAUUAUUACGGUAACACUUCCAGCGAUUCUGAGGAUGGGACUAAUUCUCCUAUUACUGAUCACUCUUCUGAGUACUCAGAACCAAAGCCAAGAGCUUUUGAUGCAUACAAUGAUCUAGCCAAGUUAGGAAUUGACUUGACUGAGUACAAUGAUCAGGACCAAAUUAAUGAAUUGAAGAGUCCCAAGAUACCUCAGUCGCCCCAACCUGGCCUUUCCAGAACCAAGUCUUUGACUAAGACAUUAUUCAAACCAGAUCUAAAAAUUAAAACAAACGUAGAAUCCUCUCGUUCUUAUGUUCCCCAAAGUCCAACAAUUACAUUGGACGAGAGUGUAUAG